GUACAGUGAGUUGCACCCAAAUAUCUUCAGUCAAAUCUCACUACUUUCCAACAAUACCCAUCUCCACUGACCUCUCUUCAGCAACCAAAAUACCCUGCAGUGUCCUGCCCCUAUAGGAGUCAGUGUUCGUCCACAUCUUCUUGUAGAAGAGGGUAGGCUAUGCUAAACUAGCAAUAAUAUAAUUCAAAUUUGUUUCGAAUGAAAAUCAAAUAUAAAGUGUUUAAUUUAAAAAAAAAAUCAUUAGAUCAUAGCGCUAACAUUUCCGUUCACAUCUAACCCGCCUACACCUCCCCACCAGCCUUUGGUGACUCAACGAGACGGAUAUUUCAUAGGCACAGUCUAGAAGACUGUGAACUAUGAAGGUAACCUGGUCUCACUGAGUCACCGAGUCUCGCGGCGAACUUGAACCAGUUCAAAUUUAUAAAAGCGGGAUUAGGGUUUUAAGUUUUCCCCUUUUCCAAUUUUUUAUUUUAGUUAAGUUUCUUCUGGGUUAUUCACAAAUGGGGAGGCCAAGGUGCUACUUGGACAUAACCAUUGGAGGAGAGCUAGAAGGAAGAGUAGUAGUGGAACUCUACAAUGACAUUGUCCCCAAAACAGCUAAGAAUUUCAGAGCUCUCUGCACUGGUGAGAGGGGCAUUGGCCCCCACACCAACGCUCCUCUGUAUUACAAGGUUGUUUGUUUUCACCACGUUAUCAGAGGUUUUAUGAUACAAGGUGGAGACAUUUCGGCAGGAAAUGGCAGCGGGGGAGAGUUGAUUUAUGGGUUGAAGUUUGAAGAUGAAAACUUUGACAUAAAGCAUGAGAGAAAAUGGAUGCUAUCCAUGGCUAAUAAGGGCCCUGACACCAAUGGCUCUCAGUUUUUCAUUACCACCACUCGGACUUCCCAUCUUGAUGGGAAACAUGUUGCGUUUGGAAAGGUGAUCAAGGGCAUGGGCGUGGUUCGUUCGGUUGAACAUUUGAACAUGAAAGAUGGCGACAUGCACAUCGAAGAAGUCGUUAUUUCGGAUUGUGGGCAGCUUCCUGAGAGAGCAGAUGAGGGGGUGUGUAACUUCUUCAAAGAUUGUGAUGUUUAUCCUGAUUGGCCUGUUGAUCUUGAUACAAAACCAGAUGACAUUUCUUGGUGGGUCACGGCUGUGGGUGCUAUUAAGGCCAUUGGAAACCAACAGUUCAAGAAGCAAGACUAUAAGAUGGCCCUUAGAAAGUAUCGCAAGGCUUUGCGCUACGUGGAUAUAUGCUGGGAGCUGGAAGAAAUUGAUGAAGAAGCGAACUCCUCUUUGCGAAAGACAAAGUCUCAGAUAUUUACUAAUAGCUCAGCUUGUAGGUUGAAAUUAGGAGACCUAGAUGGAGCAUUGUUGGACACUGACUUUGCAUUGCGUGACUGGGAAGACAAUGUGAAGGCUUUGUUUCGCCAAGGCCAGACCUAUAUGGCACUCAAUGACAUUGACGCUACAGUUGAAAGCUUCAAGAAGGCACUAGAGUUGGAACCAAAUGAUGGAGGAAUUAAGAAAGAGCUUCUGGUUGCUAAGAAGAAGGUUGCUAAUAGGUCUGAGCAAGAAAAAAAAGCAUAUUCAAGAAUGUUUCAUUGAUUACGCAGUCACAUGGCUUUGUAGGAAAGGCAAGACAACUAGCAGAAGACUUGAGGGAAAAUCAGAAUACUCUAGCUUAAAUCAAAUUUUGUUCCAAGUGUUUUCGCCUUCUGUUAGACUAGCACAUAUGACUUUAUUGCUGUUCAAAACUUGAUUGCUACGUUCUGAAUUUGUAUGAAAUCUUUCGAACAGCCCUUU